GCUCGACCCAGUUUGAAAGUGAACCAAAGGCUCCAGUCGCUGCUUCAGCCUCCAAACAACAACAGGAACCCAGGACCCAAAUCCCGAAAACCGGUUCGAAGUCUGCCUCCGCCUGUAGCCGGCCCUCCUGACAAGCCGCCAUUAUGAUGCGUAAAGACGUCAACAAACCGAAGGGGAAGACGUCGGCGUACGCCUUCUUCGUCCAGACGUGUCGAGAGGAGCACCGAAAGAAAAACCCUGAGCAGUCGGUCAACUUCGCGGAGUUCUCCAAGAAAUGCUCAGAGAGAUGGAAGGCUCUGUCUCCCAGUGAUAAGAAGUGUUUUGAGGACAUGGCCAAGGCCGACAAGGUGCGUUACAACAGGGAGAUGAGAGACUACGUCCCACCAAAGGGCUUCGGAAAGAGGGGCCGCAAGAGGAAAGACCCCAACGCACCCAAAAGACCCCCGUCUGCGUUCUUCGUGUUCUGCAGCGAGUACCGUCCCAGUGUGAAGCAGCAGUAUCCUGGUCUGUCUAUAGGAGACUGUGCCAAGAAACUGGGAGAGAUGUGGAGCAAACUGUCCCAGUCUGAAAAACAGCCGUAUGAAGAGAAGGCCCAGAAGCUACGAGAGAAAUACGACCGGGACAUGGUGGCGUACCGCGGUGGCGGCACAUAUGCCAGGAACCCCGGCUCUUCAGCUCAGGGAGGAGAGGAAGAGGAGGACGACGAGGGAGAGGACGAAGAUGAAGAGGAGGACGACGACGAGUAGAGAUGACGAGCUGCAGCUGGAUGAGAGAGAGAGAGUGUGUUAGAGAGAGAGACAGGUAGGUGUGUGUGUUUCAGAGGUCAGACUGUUUAAAACAGGUAAGAGUGAAGAGGAGGGUCUUUGACAGCUGACCAGAGGAGACAGGGGGUGGGGCUUCACAGCAGGUGUAGGUCCUCUGAGACUUCCUUCUCCAGCUGAUUGUAGGCAGAUAAGAGGAGGAAGAGGGGGGACAGGUGUGAGAUAGAUGAGACAAGUGAGGAUGAAGUUAAGGGCGUCUAGCUACCAGCCAUUUUCUGUCUCCAUGGAAACAUAGGUUGGUUGACUGAUGAGGAGUCAGAUGUGAUGUUCAGUGACAAGCAGGUAACAGCUCCUGUGAUUCAGGCCGGAUGUGUGAUACUGAGUCAAAGGUCAGAGGUCAGACACUGAACCAUAACACAGUUUAUCUCAGUUCAUCCUGAGUGUGGAGCCCGACUAACAUCCAGCUCACAGCACUGACCAAUCAACUGACAGCUGAUAAAUUUUAAUGAUUGAUUUUAUCAUAGAGGUCAGAGGAGCUGGUAGACAUCUUGAACUACCUGAUUCAAAGCUGUCGGACGUCAUGUGGUUGAUGAUGUCAGACCUCAUCAUGUUAGAUCAUGUGAUUGAUGACAUCGUUUACCUGUAGUCAAACAGACAGGCAGAGAGAGAGACAGGUCGCUCUGAAACACACACACAGGACCACAGAGUGAGUGUGUGUGUGU